ACAGGUUUAACUUUACAUGUUUUUCCACUAGAGAACAAGACAGUCCUCUUAAACCUACAAUGAAUAUGCCUAAAUUAUUAUACCUAACCAUUCUGGUCUUGAUCCUGUGUGGAUUUGUCAGUGGAUUUAUGAUUUCGCAGCCAUAUUCAUCAGUGAGGGUACAGCCAGGAUUCUCCACAACUUUUCAGUGCCAUGUUGAGGCAGAAGGCCACUAUUCAUUUUUUUGGAUAAAAGUUCCUCUUAAAACAGCUUUAGUCUAUAUAGCUACUGUAAAUUCACUCAGGAGUGAUGUGGAAAUGUUUGGCCAAUUUAAAAAUAAUCCCAGAAUCAAUGUUAUUUUGAAAAAAAACAACUUCACCUUGUCAUUUUUGUCCAUGAAAUCAACCGAUAUUGCAACAUACAUUUGUGGAGCACAAGGCUACGAGCAGUUAUAUUUUGGAAAUGGGAGUAAGCUGAUUGUCGAGGAUAUAGCUGCUACUGAGCCAACAAUGCCAAUUGAAAAUGAAGAAGAAAUAAACGUACAAUUGUCAGUUUUUGUCUAUGCUGUGUCAAUACUAUCAGCGACUAAUGUCGCAUCAAUAGUCAUCAUCAUUGCUCUCAUUUACCACCUAUUAAAAAAGAACAAAUCAGGUGUGACAAGACCAGACAGUGGUACAGGUGAAUGUCAUACAGAUGAUGUAAGCUAUGCUGCUCUCACAUUUAGCCACAACCAGAUAAACACCAUACAGACAAGAAGCAGCGUGGACACCGUAGUCAUAUAUGGAGAUGUGCAGCACUAAGAGGGAGUAGCGUUCUAGUUAGCUAAAUAAUCAUUUACUAUUUUACAUCCUGAAUGUUCAUUAUUAAUUUAUAAAUCCCAUUAUAUUAUAUCCAUAAUCAACAUUCAGCUUCCAAAUUUUACAUUUAUUAGCAUGAAUUUCUUCAUCAAAUGAUUAGGAAUGCAUUCAGUAAUUGUAUAUUUUUGGUUUUGGUUUGGUAUAUUUGUAUAUUUUAAACUGUGACUAAUAUUAUCUUGUUAUUUUAUUUGAAGAAAAGUGGUGUUGCAUUAAUAUAUCUUGUAAUAUACAUUAUGUUUGCAUGUUAUUUUAUUCUGCUUGUUUCUGCCAUAAAACUGUCAUAUACACUUUUUGUUAAGAUUUUACUUUAGUAAAAUAAUAUCAACGAUUCAUAUGGAGGGCCAGGUCUUAUCUUUUUUUUUAAUUGCUCAUAGAAUAAUUUUGGUGAAUGGAUAAUUAACUAAAUCAUUUUAUUUCUGUCAUGACCUCCGACCACCUGCAGUUCUGUCUGGGAAUCAACUGUACCCAUAGAAAUUUUAUUUGUAACUUAAUGUCACAGUCUGUUACAGUGUAAAUAAUUGUUAUGAAAUGUUAUAAAGUUUUGCAAAGA